UCAGAGGGAAAGUUAAAUCAACCCAGGCCACGUUCCAACCGGAGAACGGGGAAGAAAUAUAUAUCAAACCGAUGAUGUGUUGUUGAUAUUGCGAGAUGUACAUAUAACAAGAUCCAGCAAUCCGUUACACAUCAUGGACAUCCAUGAUGGUGGCACUGUGCACUCCCCUUCAGCCCAUAUCCUACCACUAUCAGCACCAAGGGGGGGGCGGCGGGGAGCGCGCACCUGCAGCUCGGCGCGUAUCAGGAACCUUGCCACGACAGUAGUCUUUGCAUCCUUACUAGUCGGUGGAGAACGAGCAUCUCCGGGGUGUACUUCAUAUCGUACUACCAAACAGGUACAUGUUAUUCUCGGUACACAAACGACAUGGUAUCACAUAUCUUCAUGCUCCGUUGAUUAAGCCGAGACCUGGUAAUACCUUCGACAUUGAGAGGUACAAGAGUUUCCAUUCAGGUUCUCAAGACUACGAGUAUACCAAUUACAUAUACGUUCAGAUUAUGCGUGAGCAAUUACAGUUAUAGUCAAGAACGAC